CCCCUUCAUGGCUUUACAUUGGAUUCUUUACUUGAAGGUUCUAUGACGUCGUGUGUCUUUUGAUAAACAAACCCUACAGGAGUUUAUCACAAAUACAAUGGGAGCCACCUUGGAUACACUCUAUUUUUCCCCCCUUUUCGCAUAUUGAAACUCAAAUCUUUUUGAGCAGAAAAAAAAAAAAGACGCUUUCCCUUUUUCUCAAACAAGUCAUCGACAUGGAGCAACAGUACAUUAUACGAGAACGCUUGUCGGGUGCCGUCAAUGCGUUGAGCAUCUCGCCUGGUGGAAACUCAGUUGUUGCUGCCGGAAGAGAAAUUUUGAAAAUCUAUAAUAUUCAUCCAUCUGGAUUAGUAGAAGCGCUCAAUUUGAGAUCGGGAAGUCAUUUCAAUCUGAACUACAGCAGUAACGACGUCAAAUGGGGAAACAAUGCAACGAAACAUAAGGUGGCUACGGCUGCUACCAACGGCACCAUCAUUCUUUGGGAUUUGAAUAAGGUGGGCAGAAAAGCAGAACGAGUGAUUGCAGAACAUGCACGCGCUGUGAAUCGUAUCACAUUUCAACCUGACAAUGGCAAUAUAUUACUAAGUGCAUCACAGGAUGGAACAAUGAAAUGUUGGGAUUUCAGAGACGCUAAAAGCGGUGCCAAGUUUAGGUUUGAAGGAAAGUCAGAGUCUGUGAGAGAUGUUCAGUUUAAUCCAGUCAAUACGCACGAAUUUGCUGCUGCUUUUGAAACGGGUACUAUUCAGAAAUGGGACAUGCGAAAUCCACGCGCCUUGUACGAUAAAAAAGUGAGUGCUCAUAAUGGCCCUUGCUUGACCGUCGACUGGCAUACGAAUGGUAAAUGGGUGGCCAGUGGAGGACGCGACAAGACGAUCAAAGUCUGGGAUAUGACGGCUGACAGUAGGCGUCCAGUCUACACCAUCAAAACCAUGGCUUCGGUCGCGAGGAUACAAUGGCGUCCAGGCUAUGAGAAUGAAAUCGCCUCCUGUGCCUUGCUUACAGACAAUCGAAUCCAUAUGUGGGAUAUCAGACGUCCUCAUAUUGCUAAAUAUACUUUUGAAGAACAUGAUACCACACCUACAGGAUUUGUUUGGUUAAACUCUACCGAGAUCAUAUCAGCAUCCAAAGACAAAUGGCUUAUACGACAACACUUGAAAGGCUCACAACAGCCAUUGACGAUGUUGCGGAGAAACGGUAUGGGUUGGAAUAUACAAGGGGAUGUGGCUUUCACUGUCGACCAAAGUCCACGCAAAGUCUUUGUCGAUGACCAUUUCAUGUCAAAACCGUUCAAUGAUUCACCUCGCCCCUGGAAAAGACUCAACAACAAAAGUGCGUUAGAGGAAGAGAUGAAUCAGUAUAUACCGCCACAGACAUGUGCUAUUGUCCAUAUGCCUUUAUUCGAUUAUGAAGCCUUUACCAUUCUGGCAGAGAACUAUGUUAUUUCUAAUGCGAAUGUUUCUUUGGCUUGCGAUAUCAAUAGCAAAUUGGCCUGGAAAGUGGGUCGCUAUCGAACGGCACAGACAUGGAAGAUCAUUGGUAUGCUCUACGGUAAGGAGGGUACCGGAAUCUUGAAAGAUCAACCCACCACAGAAGCUCAGUGUGAUGUAGGCAUAGCGCUCGACGGUGAUCCAAUGAUCCCAACGAUGGAAGAAACCGGAACGAAAGACAGCGAAAGUUUCCAUCUCAACGAAACGGAAGAUAUCCUUUUCACAGGAGAAGAAGAAGAAGAAGAAGAAGAAGACAAAGACAAAGACAAAGAAGAGAAUGAAGAGAACGAUGAGGAGGACGACGAUGACCUUACAUCGAUUCUAUCAAAGGAAGAGUCAGAAAGUGUGCUUACAAAGAGCUCUUCUGUCUCCUUGCACCCAACACCUGCUUUUGAACUACGAAUCCCUUGGAAGCAUGAUAGCAUUAUCUCCGAUCUAUUACAGUAUUAUAUAGAACAGGGCGACAUUCAAAUGUGUGUUACUUUGUACCUUGUCUUGGAAGAUUACCUGACGAUAGAUAAUGAUCGCUUAGAAGAGUGGUUUGUGACUUAUAUUGAUCUACUGCAGAGAUUCAAGCUUUGGUCUACCGCCGUAGCGAUGAUGAAAACGUGUAAACUGCCUGUCGUGAGGGAACGAAAUGAGAACGAUACCACCAUUCAUAUUGCUUGUAAUCAUUGCUUCAAAUUGGUCAACGCAACGAGUAAAGGCGCUUGGGCCUGUGACAAAUGCCAGCAAUUAUUGAAUCCUUGCACCAUUUGUCAUGAAACAGUGAGAGGCCUGUAUGUAUGGUGCCAAGGUUGCAAUCAUGGAGGACACCUUGCUCAUAUGCGUGAUUGGUUUACAACUGAAAGUGAAUGCGCGACAGGGUGCGGACAUAGAUGCGUUCUACAGCCUUUCCUUUCCACACUUCCAUUAGAAGAGCCAUAACAAAUGUUACGCGCUCAUUAUCUCUCAUACCUCUUUUUGUACAUAAAUAGAUACC